AUGGUUGAUACUCUGGAAGUUGUGGAGAACUUCGACCCCUUCCAGGACCACACCAACAUCUACAAAGCGUCCACCAGGGCCAUCAGGAUCAUCACCCUCAGCUCAAAUAGUGUAAAUUGCCAUGAAGUCAACGUUCUGCUGAUGAACCUCAUCAAGGGGAACCUGCUUCCCUCGGCUCUGGUCUGGAUAACUUCCAGACCUGCAGCAGCCAAUCAGAUCCCUCCUUCCUGUGUUUCCAGGGUAACAGAAGUACGAGGCUUCACUGACGCCCAGAAGGUGGAGUACUUCAGGAGGAGGUUCAGUAAUGAAAAGAUGUCCAGCAGGAUCAUCUCCCACAUCCAGACCUCCAAGAGCCUCCACAUCAUGUGUGGGAUCCCAGUGUUCUGCUGGAUCACUGCUACGGUUCUGGAGAACCUGUUGACCACAGAGCAGAGAGGAGAGCUGCCCAAGACCAUGAAUGACAUGUACUCACACUUCCUGCUGGUCCAGACCAAGAGGAAGAAGAACAAGUACCAUGAAGGACACCGGAGAAGAUCAAAGCGUCUGAUGGAGGCUGACCGGGAAGUUCUCCUGAAGCUGGGGAGGCUGGCGUUAGAAAAUCUGGAGAAAGGAAAAAUCCUGUUCUACCAAGAAGACCUGGAGCAGUGUGGUCUGGAUGUCACACAGGCCUCGGUGUACUCAGGAGUUUGUACAGAGAUCUUCAAAAGAGAGAGCGUGGUCUUCCAGAAACCAGUCUACUGCUUUGUUCAUCUGAGCAUCCAGGAGUUUCUGGCUGCAGUCUACAUGCUCCACUGUUUCACCAGCAGGAACACAAAGGUGGUGGAGAAGUUCCUAGGAGAAACAUCCAGAGGGAGAAAAAACGUCAGUGGAAAAUAUCUGAUGGACUCCAUGAAGAGAAUCAUGGAGAAAUCCCUCUGGAGUCCAAAUGGCCACCUGGGCCUGUUUGCCCGCUUCCUUCAUGGCCUCAUUGUGGAGUCCAACUACAAACUCUUAGGCUUUCUACUGGGUCAGAUGGAGACCAGUCCAGGAACCAUCCAGAGAGUCAUCGACAAUCUGAAGGAGAUGAACACUGAUAUAAUCUCCACUGACAGAAGCAUCAACAUCUUUCACUGUCUGGUGGACAUGAAGGACCUCUCACUAUUUCAGGAGAUCCAACAGUUCCUGGAAUCAGGGAAGUAUCUCUCAGAGAUCCAGUGCUCAGCUCUGUUCUGCAUGCUGCAGACGUCAGAGGUUGUGGAUCAGUUGGACCUGGAGAAGUACAACACAUCAGAGGGAGGACGACGUAGACUGGUUCCAGCUGUGAGGAACUGCAGAAAGGCUCGGUGA